AUGACGACACAGUCUUGCCUUGGACGCAUCCUUCUGGGGUGCCGCGCGCGCGUCGAGGCCGAGCUCUCCGGGAUCUGCGCGGGGAUCCUACGCCUCCUCGACGAGCGCCUCGUGCCGGCGGCGGCGACCGUGGACGCCAGGGUCUUCUACCUCAAGAUGAAGGGGGACUACCACCGCUACCUCGCUGAGUUCAAGACCGGCGCCAAGCGCAAGGACGCCGCGGACUCCACGCUCGCCGCCUACCAGGCUGCACAGGACAUCGCCGUCAAGGAGCUGCCGCCCACGCAUCCCUUCAGGCUCGGCCUCGCCCUCAACUUCUUCGUCUUCUACUACGAGAUCCUCAACUCGCCAGACCGUGCCUGCUCGCUGGUCAAGCAUGCAUUCGACGAAGCUAUUUCAGAGUUGGAUGGUCUUGGGGAAGAGUCGUACAAGGAUAGCACCCUCAUCAUGCAGCUUCUUCGUGACAACCUCACCUUGUGGACUUCUGACAUGCAGGAGGAUGGUGGCGAUGAAAUGCGGGACCAGUACAAGAUCAUUUACUACAUUCAAUUUGUACUCAUAUACUCUACCUUUAAAGUAGAGAUGAAGUGA